AUGAAGAAACAUUCGUUUGAUGAAAAUUCAUCAUUUCAACUACCAUUCCGAAAAUAUUCCAACAACAAUACCUAUGGAAAUAACAACAGAUAUAACAAUGAUGAACAAGAAUAUCAAGAAGAAAAUUAUUCCGAUCCAUCCAAACAGAAUUUUAACAAGCCUCAAUUUUCGGAGCCUAUCAAGAGUAGUGCAUCAUCAUCUUGGCUCGGACUCACUCGAGUGAAUAAGGUGGAUGAACGAUUUAGAACGAACCAAUCCAGAGAUUUAGCUUUGCAAUUUUUGGAAGACAAUGAUGAUGAUGAACAAAUUAUCACUCAAGACGAUGAGCAAGAAAAUGGAAAAAAACGAAAAUAUAGCAGCGAGGAAGAUGAAGAAUCUGAACAAGAGGAUACUCCUCCUCAACAAUUAUUCGAGGAUGAUGAAGAAUCUGAACACGGGGAUGAAGAACUCGACAUUUCGGAACGAACAAAUGAUGCCACCACAGCUGCAGUCAUUAACAUUUGGGCCAAGAAGCAAAAAAUUAACGAGUAUAAGGAUGUCAGAUUGGGAAACGUUUGGGUCAUGAGCAAUGCUCGAGUUUCUGUCGAUAAGGCAUCACUUUCGAAAAAUAUUACUGAUGCAUUGCAGAAUAGACCAAAUCCAAUUCAUGAAUUAUUUGCUGUCCAGAGAGCAGUGGUUCCAGUUCUAAUAGCUAUGAGCAAGAGUGGAACUCCUGGUGAUAUUUGUAUUGGCUCACCAACUGGUAGUGGUAAAACACUUGCAUAUGUUUUGCCCAUUGUUGAGGUUUUGUCCUCACUCAAGUUUACAAAACUGAGAGCCAUUGUUGUGACACCAACACAUCAAUUAGUUAAUCAAGUUGCUGCAGUGUUUAGGUCAUUUGAAGGUUGUACCUCUCUGAAAGUGAAAACUCUCAAUCCACACAAUAGAUUCGAGCUUGAACAAGGGGAAUUAAUCGAUCCUAACACAGGCGAUGCAAAAGUAGAUAUUGUUGUGGGACAACCUUAUCUUAUUUAUGAACAUAUCAAAAAGACGAAAGGAUUUAGCUUGGAAAAUUUGAGAUUCAUUGUAUAUGACGAAGUUGAUGCACUACUUUCCGAUGAGCACUCCUCAUUUGUAAAAGGAAUUUCUGACGCUUAUCAUAAUUGCGAUACUGUAAUCAAUCGACGAGCAAAAACUCAAAUUAUUCCAAACAUACCACUCCCGGUAGCUUAUUCUUUUGCAAGAACCAUUUGUUGUUCUGCAACUAUUACACCUCAUGCUGGUAAACUGGAUAUCAUCAAAUUAUUUAGACCUCAAUUUUUCACAUAUCUUGCACCUGCCAAAUUGCGGGCGUCAUUAGACAUUUCUAGUUCUCUUGAAGAUCCUUUGGUGGGAAAGAAAUAUUAUAUUCCAGAUACCCUAGCUCAAUUUAUUGUGAAAUAUGAAGCUGUUACUAAGCCACUGUAUUUAAUUGCUCUUCUACUGGACAACAAGUGUCGAAGUAAAAAGACGCUAGUUUUUUGCAAUGACGCUCCAACUGCAAUGCGAUUAAACAUGUUGUUAGAGACUGCAGUUAGCGAGGGAGCAUUUAAUUCGAAAGAUGCUUUUGGUAUUGCCCCUGAACUUAACACAAGGUUUUCCAGAUAUUAUAAUCCAAAAGAUAAAAAGUCAGCAAGCAUUCUUUCCCAAUUUAAGAAAGGAGCAUUUAAUGUCAUGAUCUGUACAGAUGUUAUUGGAAGAGGUUUUGAUAUUGAGGUCGAUUUUGUGAUCAAUUAUGACGCUCCCCUUACUUUAAAGACGUACGUGCACAGAAUUGGUAGAACUGCUAGAGCUGGAAAAGAAGGUACUUCUUUUACAUUCUUGACAGGUCCAGAAAUUGAGACCUAUAAAUCAAAGUUAAUGGCCCGAGCUGAGAUGAGCAAUUUAUUAGAAGAGUUUAUCAUUCCGCACAAACGAUUGAACAAAUUUGUAGAGCCAUUCAGAUUCCUUAUUGAUAAGUACAAGGAACGAGUGACAAAAUCAACAUUUCGAAAAUAA